UUUCGUUUUUACUCGAUACCCUUUGAUUUUUCACGUGUCCUUCCCCCUUCCCUCUGUUUUUUCUAUUUGCUCUCUCUAUAUCUCUCUCUCUCUCUCUCUCUCUGUGUUUGUGUGUGUCGCCGUUUCGUUUUGUUUUUGUUUUUCAGCGAAACCAUUUCCAGGGACCGUUUCUUAUUUAUUAAGCUUCUUCUCGUGACGGUGCUUCUGGAAUCUGUGCCUCUAUAUAAACCCACCAAAAAACUCAGUUCAGGGCACAAAACACAGAAAGAGAAAGACAGAGAGACAGAGAGAGAGAGAGAGGGUUUUUGGGAUUGUGAGAAUUAUCAGAGAGACAAAAAUGGAGGGAAGAAAGCCAGCCGGGUCGUCGUCUUCUUCCUCCACUUCUGAGCUGCUUGGGUCCAAAGACUCAUCCUCCUCUUCAUCUGGGAUUUUCGGGGCCAUUUUCGCGCCUCCCUUGAACUCCCCAAAGGUGCUCAGCAGGGAAUCUCUGCGUUCUGAACUUACUAGGAAAAAGAUCACUGAUCAGCCGUUGAACUUCCACUCGGCAGAGCCAGGUACUUACUAUAGUGGCAAAGAAGGUGAGGGUCAGAGCACGCGGAAGGAGGACAUGAGUUCCUACUAUGAGGAUCAGAGAGUGCAAUCACCAUGUCAUCUCAGUUCAUCAAUCUAUUAUGGUGGGCAAGACAUCUAUAAUUAUCCCCAGAAUAGCCAGAACACUGGAAUUAACUCUACGUUCAAGAAAGAUGGGACUGACGACGAUGGCACUGCUUGCAGAGGAAACUGGUGGCAAGGGUCUCUCUAUUAUUGAGUCUCUUGCCAUCCUCAUCCAGGCAUAAUAGGAAAUAGAUCGAGUAGUAGCAGCAGCAGAUCGUUGUGGAAGCUGGUUUCUUUUCUUUUCCUCCGGUCAAACAGCGAUCCAUAUGAAACCACAGUUUAAAUGUGUAUGCAUCUUCUUUAGGUUCACUGUAAAGAAAGAUGUAGUACUUUCUCUCCUCUCUCUAUCUCUUUCUCUCUCUACAUGUAAAAUGUUCCGUUUAGUAUAUAUCCUUCAUUUCUCAUAAACUGCUAUCAUGUAAUGUAGUUGGAGAUUUGGAUACGUAGUUACUACAGUUAUGCUCAUCUCUGUAUGGUUGAACUUUUAAUGUCAAGGCUUGGAUGAAUGGUUUUUCGGCUCUCUUC